AUGUUAAAAUACACAUUUUACCCCGCCACGAGCGGUGUGGUGAACUUCAAAACCCGUGCCUCGAACGAUGCCCAUUUGGCGUCAACCAGUGGGCCGGCCGAAUCGAACCCAAUGCUGGAGGUGUUCAUCGGUGGCUGGAAGAACACUAAAUCCGCCAUUCGAAAAAAUCGUGCCAAACCGGAUGUGUCUGAGGCGUACAUUCCGGGCAUUCUGAGCGUUGGCCAGUAUCGUGGAUUCUGGAUUAAGUGGAUCGAUGAUGUCAUAACCGUCGGAAUGGAGGGUGCCAGAGUAGCCUUUUUAUCGUACAAAAACUCAGAUCCUUUUCCAAUCAAUUUCGUUGGUGUUUGCACCGGUUAUGGAGCUUCUGGAUCGUGGAUCAUCCAACAGAACAAAUCUGGCCCUCUGGCAUCCCCUGCUCUAGUCUCUGAUGCUGCACCUAGCUCGGUACCCACCGAUGCUAUUCGGUAAUUUUUCUGCCAAAACGAAAUCGAACAUCAAAC